AGCUGGUAGUGCUUGCAAACAAAGCACAUACCAUAAUGCGUGGUAUCUCGUUUAAUCAGAAAGUGCUUCCGGUGACUAACAAGUGCAACAAGCUGAAACCGUUUAAUGCUGCUUGACAAAUUGACAUCAAGUUCGCUGCUCGAAAAUUCUUUGGCAGGGGCACGACGAUGAUAUCAUCAUGACGCACAUUACGUGAGGACUUAGAAUCAUUUAGCUUUCUGAUUUAUUUCUGCUGUAACGGUAAACACGGUGACGGUAGACCCUUCAGCAUCGUACAGGCGCAGAAUUUCUCCAACUGCGGAAAAGAUUUCUCCAUGUGCAGUGUGGAAGCCAUUAAUCGAUAGAGGAUACCGUCCAACCCAUGGCACUCUCCCCGCCCGCAGUGGGCAUCGACCUGGGCACCACCUACUCCUGCGUGGCCGUCCACCGCCCCGGCGGCCGAAUCGACGUGAUUGCCAACGAGCACGGUCUGCGCACCACGCCCAGCUGUGUGGCCUUCGAGGAGGGCCAGCGCAUCGUGGGGAAGGAGGCCCGCGAUAACAGCUACCUCCGGCCCACCCACACCGUCUUCGCCAUCAAACGCAUCAUCGGCCGGAAGUACGACGACCCGGAAGUCCAGUCGUACCAGUCCAAAUGGCCGUUUCCUCUCGUCCGGUCGGACACCGGGCUCCCGGAGGUGGAGAUGACGGAAACCGAGCACGUCAACGCCGAAUCACGGACCACCACCAAGCGGUUUAAACCGGAGGAGAUCAGUGCGCUGGUUCUGGGGAAGAUGAAGAGUAUCGCCGAUGAUUUCCUGAAUACGCAGGAGGUCCGUUUGAAGGCUGUUAUCACGGUACCAGCCAACUUUAACGACGCGCAACGAAGGGCGACCAAGACCGCCGGGGAGAAAGCCGGUCUGGAAGUAUUGGCGGUGGUCAAUGAGCCGACGGCCGCCGCCGUAGCCUACGGAUUGGACAAGAUCCGGGAGACCCAAACCAUCCUCGUGUUCGACCUGGGCGGGGGGACGUUGGACGUGUCCAUCCUCCGUAUCGAGAACGGCCGGAAGUUUGAAGUCCUCUCGACCUGCGGUAACCUCAACCUGGGAGGCGAGGAUUUUGAUCAGCGCCUCUUAGAACACUGCAUCGGGGAGUUUGAGGCGAAACACAACGUGACCGUCGACCGGGCGGGCCAGGGUGUGGCCCGGUUGAGGCUGAAGGUGGAGGAGAUUAAAAAGAGUCUGACAAGCGCGCGCGCCAAGCAUAUUCUGAGUGUGGACGCGUUCCACGGAGAUAAGCACCUGAUAUCGACAAUAUCAACUGCCAAAUUUGACGAGCUGUGCGCCGACUUAUUCGCCAAGACCUUGGAGCCCGUCCAGGAAGCGCUGCAACGCGCCAAUCUCGACCGCACCGACAUUAACCAGAUCGUCCUGGUCGGUGGAUGCUCGCGGAUCCUGAAAAUCCGCGAGAUCCUUGCUGACUUCUUCCCGGGACAGCCGAUCAACCGUGACAUCAAUGCCGACGAAGCCAUUGCCUGUGGUGCGGCAAACCUGGCGUACCAGCUGGCCAACGAGAAUGCACCGGUGGUGGAGGACGACAUCCGGAUUCAGUUCAGCGAUGUGACACCGUUCUCGCUGGGCACGGAGAUUGCCGGUGGGUACAUGGUCACCCUGAUCGCGCAGAACACCAAGAUCCCGGCCAAGGAGACGCGGGACUUCACCACCGAGCAGGAGGGACAGUGGUGGGUGGAUAUUCCCAUCUACGAGGGCGAGGCGAGGGUGGCCCGGGAGAACCGGCUGCUGGGGAAGUUCCGGUUUAGGAAGUUUCGGAGGGGACGCGCCGGUGGGCCACAGAUCGCGGUGACCUUUGAGUAUGAUCGCUCGGGGAUCGUCCACGUGACGGCGAUGGAUAAGAGCACCGGGCUAUCGGCGGCGGUGCAGGUUAAUCGCAAUGAGUCGGGUGACGGUGGAUCCGAAGAAGCGGUGAGCGAGGAGGAGGAGGCGGGGGUAGAAGCGGAGGAUUUUAGAGAUUUGUUUAUGCAGAUGAUGUUGGAACAUAACAGAAUGCGCAGGAGAGAAGAUUCUUAGCAGAGAUUCUUAUGCAAUAUACGUAAUUACUGAUCGACGUUAAUCCCGAUUCUUCUCUGAUCGUUUCGGAACCCAAACUUGUUUUGUUCACUAUUGAUUAGUUUGUUCUCAAUAAAAAUAAAAAGUAAAAUUGUGUUUACUGUAUAGCAAUUUUCGAAAAUCUGGAAAUUGGAAUUAUGUGGUAAAAAGUUGUAUUUUGGGAUUGGACACGUUGACAGUUGCUAAAGUGCGGAUUGUAUAAAUCUCUUGGACUCGAUAAAAUACGAUUGUUGAAAAU